AUGGAGACCAGGAAGAAAUGGAUUCAAACAGAACAGGCCAAAGGUUUGUCUUUUAAAGAUAUUGACUGCAAUCAAGAGAAGAGGAAGCCCAAAAUACCAGAACCAGUUACAUUGGAGGAUGUCACCGUGGUCUUCACAGAGGCCGAGUGGAAGAGACUGAGUUUUGAGCAGAAGAACCUCUACAAAGAAGUGAUGAUUGAGAUCUACCAGAAUCUUCUUUCAUUGGCGUCUUCCAGACCAGGGUCUCAGAAGCAGCCUGACGAGCAGGAUUCUGAUCAGAGGUUCUGGAAAGAAAACACAGACGGUCAGGAAAGAGAAGACUUCCCCAGAGUGGAGGCAGAGAGACCAUGGGCGUUCUGUAACCUAUACCAAAGAGCAUCGUCCUGGCUGAGAGAAGGCCACAUUGGUGUGGCUGUAAAGCCCAACUCAACCCAGAGGGUGAUGUCUGUGGAAACAGAUAAAGCACUGAUGGAAUUAGAAACCGGAAGAUUUGGAGCAAUCAGCUCUAGGCAGGAUGGAGCAGAGUGUGGCCUGAAAUCAAACUUCAUCACAAACCAGAGGUCCAUCUUUUGGGGACAUCCGCAUAUCUGUAGUGAGUGUGGCCGAGGUUUUAACUGGAAAUCAAAACUUCUCCAGCACCAGAGGACACACACAGGGGAGAAGCCUUUUGUUUGUCGGGAGUGUGGUCGAGGGUUUGCGCAGAAGUCAGCCUUCCUCUGCCACCAGAGGACACACUCAGGGGAAAAGCCGUAUCUUUGCCGUGAGUGUGGCCGAGGAUUUGCUCAUAAGUCAACUUUGUUGGGCCACCAAAGGACACACACAGGAGAAAAGCCAUACGUUUGCAAUGAGUGUGGCCGAAGGUUUGCUCAGAAGUCAGGCUUGUUCUGCCACCGGAGGACACACUCAGGAGAAAAGCCCUAUGUUUGCAAUGACUGUGGCCGAGGGUUUACUAAGAAGACACAGUUGCUCUGCCACCAAAGGACACACUCAGGGGAGAAGCCCUAUGUUUGCCGUGAGUGUGGCCGAGAUUUCGCCCAGAAGACACACUUGCUCUGCCACCAAAGCACACACUCUGGGGAAAAGCCGUAUGUUUGCAGUGAGUGUGGCCGCGGGUUUGCUCGGAAGUCAACCUUGUUCUACCACCAAAGGACACACUCAGGAGAAAAACCAUAUGUUUGCAGUGAGUGUGGCCGAGGAUUUGCUCGGAAGUCAGGUUUACUCUGUCACCGGAGGACACACUCAGGGGAAAAGCCAUAUGUUUGCAGUGAGUGUGGCCAGAGAUUUUCUCUGAAGUCAUCUUUGUUGUGCCACCAAAGGAUACACUCGGGAAAAACCCUUACUGUCUUCUGGGGGAAUCCCCAUAUCUGUAAUGAGUGUGGCCGAGGUUUUAACAGCAAGUCAAACCUUGUCACACACCAGAGGAUACAUAGAGGGGAGAAGCCUUUAGUUUGUAGUAAGUGUGGUGGAGGGUUUGUUCAGAAGUCAGCUUUCCUCUGCUACCAAAGGACACACUCAGGGGAAAAGCCCUAUGUUUGUAGUGAGUGUGGACGACACUUUGCUCAGAAGUCAACCUUGUUGUGUCACCAAAGGACACAUUCAGGGAAAAGCCGCGGUGCCUUCACACCAACCGGAAGCUCGCUUUUACGUUGUGUCGCGCGACCAGUUACAAAUGCGGAAGUCGUCUGUGUGAAGGACUUCAGCGUCUUCUGCUGCGCCAAGUCAUUCAGGUACGCUACCGAACAGUGA